CCCCGCGGACGCCAGUGGGGGAAUCUGAGUUGUGGAAAGCAGCUGCCACCUCCCGGGCGCUCUGCGCUCCCGGCGGCCGGAUCCUGCAGAUCCUCCGAGAGCUGCCCAUUGUACCGGGGGUUGCGAGCGAGCACGCAGAGACACCCCGGACCUCCCCUGGGCGCCAGCUCCUCGGCUCCACCGGGUCCAGCGACAAGCCGGAUUUUUUUUUUUUUUUUUUUCGGGAAAUUGGCUUUGGUGUGUGCUUUCCUCCCUCCCCUUCCCCCCUCCUUUUUUAAGGCAUGGCCCGGGCAGUGGCUCCUGGAAGAAGAACAAGUGUGGGAAAAGAGAGAGGAAACCGGAGCUAAAUGACAGGAUGCAGGCGACUUGAGACACAAAAAGAGAAGCAUUGCUCUCGGAUCAAGUCAUUGCCUCGCCGCUUUCCUUUCUCCGAGACGAGACGCACCGAGGAUUUUACAGCUCUAGGCGGAGUUGGAGCGCUUCGGCUUGUUUAGAUUCCCCCUUUGCUCUAUUCCCCCCUCCCCCAGCCCCACCACGUCCUCGUUCUCCUGAACCUGCCUGGGGGUCCGGCGAAGGGAGAAUGGAGAGGGGGCUCCAGUCCCUCGGCGCCACGCUCGCCCUCGCCCUCGCCCUGGCCCUCGCGCCGGCCAGCGCUUUUCGCAACGAUAAAUGUGGCGAUACUAUAAAAAUUGAAAGCCCUGGAUACCUUACAUCUCCUGGUUAUCCUCAUUCUUAUCACCCAAGUGAAAAAUGUGAAUGGCUGAUUCAGGCUCCCGACCCAUACCAGAGAAUUAUGAUCAACUUCAACCCUCAUUUCGACUUGGAAGACCGAGACUGCAAGUAUGACUAUGUGGAAGUCAUCGAUGGAGAAAAUGAAAACGGACGUGUAUGGGGAAAGUUCUGCGGAAAGAUUGCCCCUUCUCCUGUAGUGUCUUCAGGGCCAUUUCUUUUCAUCAGAUUUGUCUCUGACUAUGAGACACAUGGUGCAGGAUUUUCCAUACGUUAUGAAAUUUUCAAGAGAGGUCCUGAGUGUUCCCAGAACUACACAAGCCCUAGUGGAGUGAUAAAGUCUCCUGGAUUCCCUGAAAAAUAUCCCAACAGCCUUGAAUGCACUUAUAUUAUCUUUGCACCAAAGAUGUCCGAAAUUAUCCUGGAAUUUGAAAGCUUUGACCUGGAACUUGACUCAAAUCCUCCAGGGGGCAUGUUCUGUCGCUAUGACCGGCUAGAAAUCUGGGAUGGAUUCCCUGAUGUUGGCCCUCACAUUGGGCGUUACUGUGGACAGAAAACACCAGGUCGAAUUCGUUCCUCAUCGGGUAUUUUAUCAAUGGUUUUUAAUACUGACAGUGCGAUAGCAAAAGAAGGCUUCUCAGCAAACUACAGCAUCCUGCAGAGCAGCAUCUCAGAAGAUUUUAAAUGUAUGGAAGCUCUGGGCAUGGAAUCAGGAGAGAUUCAUUCUGACCACAUCACAGCUUCUUCCCAGUAUAGCACCAACUGGUCCUCAGAACGCUCCCGCCUAAACUACCCGGAGAAUGGGUGGACCCCUGGAGAAGAUUCCUUCCGAGAGUGGAUACAGGUGGACUUAGGGUUUCUGCGUUUUGUUACUGCUGUUGGGACCCAGGGAGCCAUUUCAAAGGAAACCAAGAAGAAAUACUACGUCAGCACUUACAGAAUAGACAUCAGCUCCAAUGGGGAAGACUGGAUCACCAUCAAAGAAGGAAAUAAGCCUGUUAUCUUUCAGGGAAACACUAAUCCCACAGAUGUUGUGUUUGGAGUUUUCCCCAAACCUCUGAUAACUCGAUUUGUGCGAAUCAAACCUCUGACUUGGGAAAAUGGCAUAUCUCUGAGGUUUGAAGUAUAUGGCUGCAAGAUAACAGAUUAUCCUUGCUCUGGAAUGUUGGGCAUGGUGUCUGGACUUAUUUCUGACUCCCAGAUUACAGCAUCAAACCAAGGGGACAGGAACUGGAUGCCUGAAAAUAUUCGCCUUGUAACCAGUCGUUCUGGCUGGGUACUGCCACCCGCACCUCAUCCGUACAUAAAUGAGUGGCUCCAAGUGGACCUGGGAGAGGAAAAGAUUGUGAGGGGCAUCAUCAUUCAGGGGGGAAAGCACCGAGAAAACAAGGUUUCCAUGAGGAAGUUCAAGAUAGGGUACAGCAACAAUGGCUCGGACUGGAAAAUGAUCAUGGACGACAGCAAGCGCAAGGCUAAGUCCUUUGAAGGCAACAGCAACUAUGAUACACCUGAGCUACGGACUUUUCAACCUCUUUCCACACGAUUCAUCAGGAUCUACCCUGAGAGAGCCACUCAUGCUGGACUGGGGCUAAGAAUGGAGCUGCUAGGCUGUGAUGUGGAAGCACCUACAGCUGGACCGACCACUCCCAAUGGGAACCUGGUGGAUGAAUGUGAUGACGAUCAGGCCAAUUGCCACAGUGGAACAGGUGAUGACUUCCAGCUCACAGGUGGUACCACAGUGCUGACCACAGAAAAGCCAACCAUAAUAGACAGCACAAUACAAUCAGAGUUUCCAACAUAUGGUUUUAACUGCGAAUUUGGCUGGGGUUCUCACAAGACAUUCUGUCACUGGGAACAUGACAAUCACGUGCAACUCAAGUGGAGCGUGUUGACCAGCAAAACGGGACCAAUCCAGGAUCACACAGGAGAUGGCAACUUCAUCUACUCCCAAGCUGAUGAAAAUCAGAAAGGCAAAGUGGCUCGCCUGGUUAGCCCUGUGGUUCAUUCCCAGAACUCCGCCCACUGCAUGACCUUCUGGUAUCAUAUGUCUGGUUCACAUGUGGGCACACUGAGAGUCAAGCUGCGCUACCAGAAGCCAGAGGAGUAUGACCAGCUGGUCUGGAUGGCUAUCGGACACCAAGGAGACCACUGGAAGGAAGGACGUGUCCUGCUACACAAGUCUCUGAAACUUUACCAGGUGAUUUUUGAGGGCGAAAUUGGAAAGGGAAACCUUGGCGGAAUUGCGGUGGAUGACAUUAGUAUUAAUAACCACAUCUCACAAGAGGAAUGUGCACGACCAGCAGAUCUGGAUAAAAAGAACCCAGAAAAUAAAAUUGAUGAAACAGGGAGCACUCCAGGAUACGAGGGCACAGGAGAAGGGGAUGGGAACAUCUCCAGGAAGCCAGGCAAUGUGCUGAACACAUUGGACCCCAUCCUUAUCACCAUCAUAGCUAUGAGUGCCCUGGGUGUGCUACUGGGUGCCGUCUGCGGGGUCGUGCUCUACUGCGCCUGUUGGCACAAUGGCAUAUCAGAAAGAAACUUAUCUGCCCUGGAGAACUAUAAUUUCGAACUGGUGGAUGGUGUGAAGUUGAAAAAAGACAAACUGAACACACAAAAUACUUAUUCGGAGGCAUGAAGGCAGACAGAUGAAAAGACGAAUUGGAGAAUUGAGGUAGAAGGGCAUAAGAGCAACUUGAUGUUGAUCUUUCACUGGACAGGCUGGGAAAUGCGUUGAUGACGCUGAGCCAGGCUUUUCUCAGGAGCUUCAAAGAGUAUGGCCAACAGACGUGAACAAGUUAGCUGUGUUAACGAUCGGAAUUAUGUACAGUCAGCUUUUUUUCUGUUGGUUUAAUUUGAAUAAUCAAAUGCUGGUGUUGAGACCAAGUAUGAUUGACUUGAUUCAUUUUGACUCCCCCCUCUCUUCUUUUUAUGAAUACUUUAUGGAAACUGUGCAAAAUCCAAGAUGCUGGCACCAAGUGUAUUCCCUGGGGCCCUUUUGACGGACAUGUUACCUGUAGCCCAUUGCCCAGAGUAUAUUAGAAUAACUGCAUUUCAGUGGACUCCUGAAGCUGUACCUGUGUAUAAUUGCCCGUGUCGUGCAUAGGCAAAGAAGGAUUAGGAUGUUUUAUUUUAAAGUGCUGUAGCCUCAGUACCAAUAUAGUGUGUCAGCUCUGUUUACGAAGCAAUACCGUUAAAUUUCCUUGAUGUUUUCCAGUGUUGUACUAAACCUCGUGCUUGUGAACUUCAUACAGAAAACUGCCAUUACCAGACUCUGCUGGCAACUGGGUGUGCUGCCGACAAACACAACAGAAAAUCCUCGGCACUGGCUAGUCCAUGUCCUCUCAAGUGCCUUUUUGUUUGUACUAGUUCACAUUGUGUUAUACUAAUGACCUGCUCUGUUCCUUGCUGGUGUAAGUCCAGCUCUUUAAUCAAAGCCCGGUGGCCCACUGUCUAACGAGAAAGUAUAUUUUAGUGUGAGACAUCAGCUCCCGGGAAGGCAAGGGCUGGGAAUAUUUGGCAACAUGGCUUAAUUGCUCUGCUUUUUCCAUAGUUCAAUUUCCUGUCUCUUGAUCCCUUUGUAUAAAGCUGCAAUAUUCUCUCCUAUGGUUCUUUCAUAAGGAAUGUAUUUUCAAAUGUAAACUCUUUCUCUCCUAUCUCUCUGUCUUUUUUCUCUCUUAGAAGUUAAGCAUUUGCCAUUGUCCAGAAAAGAACUUGCAGCUUUAACCUGCUGGUAAUGGCAAAGAACUUUACUAGACUUUAUGUUUAAAAACAAAUAAAUAAGGGAAAUUCCUAACUCUGCCCUCCAAAGUCUAACUUUGGUUUUCUUGUUAACUGGUAAAAGUGACAGUAUCUUUUUUCCUUAAGCCAUUUAUCUGUCUACUCCAAUCAAAAUGAUCUUUGAUAGAAAUGUUUGCAUUUAAUAGAAAUAAUGACAACUUGAGAGGAGAAAUAAUACCAACUGGCUUUCAAGUGAGACCCAAAGGAAGGACUGGAUACAAUUCUCCAAAUGUCCAGAAAUAUGAGAUUUUCACAUCUAUUUAGGAAAAAAUGUUCCCUGAGAUCUUGUUUUGGUAUUGGAUAAGACAAGGAAGUGGAAGAAAGAUCAGUUAAUUUAGGGAAGUGGCUAGAAAUCCUGGUGCCUGGUGGUGAAGUAUGUGAGUGAUAAAAAAUUAGUAAAGUCAAAACAAAUGCUUUUAAAAAUCCAUUUAGCAGCAACUCUGAGAAAACAGACUUGAAUGAAUGCUUCUAGAAACUUCCUCUGGCUCAUAAAGGAAAAGCCUGCCUUGGGACUGGGAAGACCUAACCCUCUAACAAGUCAUAGAAGUAAAUAUCUGAUCAGGCAGCAGAGGAAUUAAUCCAGAGAAGCUUUGGUUGUUUUCAAUCUGUUUGUGUCAUGCCAUACUGUACAUAAGAACCUUUAGAAUUCCCUUCCUGCAUUGCUAUAGGUCUCACUCAAAAAUUUUUUGAGAGUUGCAUUUGCAUCAUGGAGGAGAUGGUCCAUUCAUCUUUGUUUAAUUGGAUUGAGAAUGUCUUCUGUUUCCAGGAAAGUAUUGAUCACUAUGAAAUAAGAAUAGAUUUUUGUCCCCAGAGGCAUUCAUUCAGUUGUCAUAAUCAUACCAGGAUGAAAGCACUAAUACUUGAUUUUUUUUAAGACAAUGGACUUAAAGUUGUCCUCAUCCAAGGAAAAAUGAUACUGAAACUUUAAAUUUUAAAGUAUCUUGCACUGAUAAAUAUAUUUAAAAAUUAUAUGUUUAUAAAUUUAUUAAUUUGUAAAGGCAGUGUUACAAAAUGUUCAGUUUAUAUUAUUUUAGAUUGUUUCGUAAUUUCUAAAGGUGUAAAAUAACAUAUUUUUUCUUUAUUGAAAUCUAUAAAACUUUCUGUAGUAAAAUGUUUUCAUUUUACUGGUAUAUUAUUGCUUCAUGUUUUGUACCAUCAUAAAAUUUUGUGCAAAUUUUUUUUACAGAAAUUUUUAUUUUCUAUGACAAUAUGACACUUGUAAAUUGUUGUUUCAAAAUGAACAGCAAAGCCUUAACUUUAAAUGACAUUUGUAUUCUCAGACACUGAGUAGCAUAAAAACUGCAUAGAACUGAACUGUAACUUAAAUUCCAAACUAUGACUACUACAUUCCAAAGAAACAGUUGAAUUAAACAUUUUCAUAAAAUAUCCCAAACCUGAUGGCUUUUAUUAUAUUAGCAUUGUGAUUAUUAAAGAAACUGGUAUUAUUCCAGCAUCAAAUAAA